AUGAAGGUGAAGGUGUUCCUGACGGUGGCCACCCAGCGCGCAGAGCUGGGCAGGGUCCUCCUCACCCUCCACAAGGACGUCGUCCCCCGCACUGCCGAAAACUUUAGGGCUCUCUGCACUGGCGAAAAGGGGUUCGGAUACAAGGACUCGCUCUUCCACCGGGUCAUCCCUGGCUUCAUGCUCCAGGGCGGAGACUUCACGGCGGGCAACGGCACAGGCGGCAAGAGCAUCUACGGCAACAAAUUCGCUGACGAGAACUUCAAGCUGAAGCACACAGGGCCAGGCAUCCUGUCAAUGGCCAACAGCGGGCCGAACACCAACGGCUCUCAGUUCUUCAUCUGCACGGCCACCACGGCCUGGCUGGACGGCAAGCACGUGGUGUUCGGCGAGGUCGCCGAGGGCAUGGACGUCAUCAAGAAGAUCGAGCAGCUGGGCAGCGAGUCCGGCAGGACCCGUGAGCCUAUCCGCAUCACCGACUGCGGUGAGCUGAAAUGA